AUGUUCUCCUAUGUGUCCAUCCCCGGCAUGUUCUCCUAUGUGUCCAUCCCCGGCAUGUUAUCCUAUGUGUCCAUCCCCGGCAUGUUCUCCUAUGUGUCCAUCCCCGGCAUGUUCUCCUAUGUGUCCAUCCCCGGCAUGUUCUCCUAUGUGUCCAUCCCCGGCAUGUUAUCCUAGGUGUCCAUCCCCGGCAUGUUAUCCUAUGUGUCCAUCCCCGGCAUGUUCUCCUAUGUGUCCAUCCCCGGCAUGUUCUCCUAUGUGUCCAUCCCCGGCAUGUUAUCCUAUGUGUCCAUCCCCGGCAUGUUAUCCUAUGUGUCCAUCCCCGGCAUGUUAUCCUAUGUGUCCAUCCCCGGCAUGUUAUCCUAUGUGUCCAUCCCCGGCAUGUUCUCCUAUGUGUCCAUCCCCGGCAUGUUAUCCUAUGUGUCCAUCCCCGGCAUGUUAUCCUAUGUGUCCAUCC